AUGUCUUUCUUUGUCGUUUCUAUUUCUUUCAUAAUCUUUGUUUCUCAAUUUCUUUCCUCAUCUUCUUGUUUCCUUUUUUUCUUAUUCCACCUCUCUCUUUUCUCCUAUGUUUUGUUCCUCUUUUUUCUCCUUUCCUUCAUCCUCUCUUUUUUCUGUUUUUUUCUUCCCUGUUUUAUCUCUCUCUCUCUUCUCUCCUCCUCUUUUCUGUCAUUUACCUCUUUCUCCUUCUUAUUUUUCUCUUUCAUUUUUUCUUUUUAUUGUUCUUAUUUCCCCCUCUUGUUCCUCAGUGUCUUUUUGCUUCUUUCUCUUCCUCAUUAUGUAUCUAUCUAUCUAUCUCAGCUUGCCCAUUAUCUUUCUUUCUUUCUUUCUAUCUAUCUGUUUCAGUUUGGUCAUUAUGUAUCUAUCUAUUUCAGCUUGGUCAUUAUCUUUCUUUCUAUCUAUUUCAGCUUGUUCGUUAUCUUUCUAUCUUUCUUCAUUAUAGUUCUUCCUUUCUAUCUAUCUACCUAUCUAUUUCAGCUUGGUCAUUAUCUUUCUUUCUUUCUUUCUAUCUACCUAUCUAUUUCAGCUUCCUCAUUAUGUAUCUAUCUAUUUCAGCUUGUUCACUAUCUUUCUUUCUAUCUAUUUCAGCUUGAUGGUGGUGACUUUCACAAAAUUUGGAAAGAACACUGUCAGAAUGGGCAAUUACUGACUGAAUAUGCUGAUGCCAUGCACCACCUUGCAACAGACCAUUGGGCUGAGUUACCUCAAACCAGGAUCACUUGGUGCCAAGAGGUGGCUCUUGAUUUCUUUCUUAAGGGUGGGUUGCAACGAGCCCUUGAGAAGGAAGAACGACGAAAAUUUCACUUCUCUAAGGGAGAAGGUUCUAAGCAAAGUAGCUCUUAUGAGAAUCCCCUUCUCCAACAUGCUUCUGCCAUUCCUGAUCCUGCAACAGGAGAUCAAAUGAACAACUCAAGUCUGGUCGCUAGUGGAAUGCAGAAUAAACGUCAUUCUUUGGACACUGUCUUUUCUUGUUUCUCUCUCUAUGGAUUAAAUAGCCUCAUCAACCUCUCUAUCACUGAUGAUGUUUAUCUCUCUAUCUCUCCUCCCGGUUUAUUUAUCUCUCUAUGUAUUUUUUUUUGUUUCUUUCUUUGA